UUUUAAAUUCCAUUCAAAUAUCUUACGUCACGAAACAUGUCUGACAGUGAGGGCGAUUGUAACUCGCCGAUACCAUCGGUAAACGAACGACUCGGCCAACUAAGGCCUUCAAGAGAGUUGUUGGAAUAUUACCGAAAGAAAGUCGCCGAUUUUGACAACGAACAUGACGAAAUGGUGGCUAAAUUGGAUGCAUACAAGGUAAACUAUGAAGACCAACACAGAAUGGAAUGUGAACUUACGCAACGAGAACAAGAAAUAUCAGAUCUACAGAAAGCUAUCAGUGACCUGCAGGUGUGCGUCCUCCAAGAGAGAGAGCAAGUUCUUCGUCUUUACGCUGAGAACGACCGUUUAAAGAUCAGGGAGGUUGGUGAUCGGAAGCGAAUUCAACAUCUUCUUGCUCUUGCUGGACCUGCAGCUGCUGAGGUUUCAUAUUUCCAUAAAGACCCCCCCUCAAAAAUUGUGAUUCCACAAAAACUUCCGAAAUCUCAACUUCCUAAUGAAGAUCAAAGUUCACAUAAAAAGAAACCAUUGUCAGAAAUCCAGAACAAACCUGGAAAAUCCCCCAAACCCACUGUGACAUCAUCAACGGACAAUCAAUCUUUAGCUCUCCAAGUGGAAGCUUUACAAGCGCAACUUGAAGAACAAACAAAACUUGCGAGAGACCAGGUAUCAGCGUUGUUGGAGGAGAGGAGGAUCAUGCAGGAGGAGAGCGACCUCGCACGGGAGAGAGAUCGGGAUCGAUACGAACGUUAUGCUAAGAGGCUUCGUGAAGCUCAGAACCUGCUCCACGAGAGCACACAAGAUGUUCUUACAUUGAAGAGAUCACACAGGGGGGAAGAGAAGGAAUGGAUGGCAGAGAAAGAUAAGUUGCUUCAAGAGAUGGACCUUCUACGUGACCAGCUUGACGCUGUGAACCUCAGCAACCACGGUGGAAAGCCGACCUCAGCUGCAACGUUGGCGAACGUUUGUGCGAGCGAGUUCGAGGCUCGUGCUCAACUUGAAGCGGAAGUGACAGCUUUGGAGCAACAACUUGACCAGGCAGGGAAGUUGGCGGACAUGUAUCGUGAACAAUGCAUUCAAACGGAAGAUGAAUUGUCAAGGAUGAGAGAAGAAGCAGAAGUGCAUAGGGACAUCUUCAAGGAGCGCUCGGACAAGAUUGCGAAGCGGUUAAAGUUAAUGACGAUUCGUUACGCUGCAUUGGAGAAACGACGAAGUUCCGAAGUUGAAGGUUUCAAAACAGAUGUCAAGAAUCUGAGGAAAAGAUUGAAAGAAGUGGAGAAGCAACUUUAUAAAGUCACGGUUGGAGAUGCUGUGUCCGACGCACACGUGUUGCAAACCGUACACGCCACUGCAGGGCGAUCUAGAGCUAUACAGAACGAACUUAAAACACUUAAGGGUAAAAUCUACUUGUUGGAAGGGGAUUUAAGGGGAAUAUAUUAAGCCUUAUAAUGGGGUUGGAACUAUUACUGCUAUUCAACAUGAACUUUCUGUUAACUGUGGGUUGAGACUUAGUAAUAAUAUGAUCAUUUUUAAUAGAACAGAGUAAUGGUAGAAUGUAAAUUUGGUGGUCAAAGUACUUUUGCUUGAAUUUAUUUAAACAAAGUUUUCUUGUUAUGAAUAUGACACCAACUGUGGCUUACGAGAGUUAUUUUUUCAUAAAUAUAAGAAAGUGGUGAUUAGGCAUGUAUGUGGUAUCAUGCUCUGGCUGCACAACUUAAUGCUUCAGCUUCUGCUGUGUACGGCUUCCUUUAUAUAAACAGUUGAUUUAUUGAUAAACCAGUAAUAACCACUAUGUUUCACUAAUAUUACUGUGUGUAUGUUUACGUUGUAAUGUUGGAAACAUUUCUUCUCGGACAUAAAACUUUUUAUGCGACAUUUUAUAUUUGGUGAAGAUUUCAAGUCAUUUGUUCAAAAUAAUCUUCAAUGAAAUAAAUGUUCUCUCGUGUU